UCUCUCACACAGACACACAGUUUGUUAGAUAAGACAUCUUAAAUCCACGUGUUAACUGCAUGCCGAGCAAAAAUCGCCCUCCAUUUUUCUUUUUCUUCUUCUGUUCAUGAUUUACCUGUGAUUGAAACCGGCUCUCGAAUUCCACUAUCUAGAAUAUAAUCAAGCCUCGAGAAAUGGCGGCGGAGAAGAAUAGGUAUUCGUCGGAGUAUUUCCUGGAAGACGGUGAAUAUGGCUGUGACAGUAGCUCGGAGGUGGCGGCGGGGGAAGGCGGCGGCAUUGAAGAAGAUGAAGAAGAAGACGAUGAUUACGAGACGAUGGGUUCUGUUGAUAAUGAAGGUGUUGCUGGAGGCUCCCCUUCUUCCUUAACUUCACAGCAAUGGCCUCAGAGUAUCAGAGAAACAACCGAUAUAUAUUCGAUAGCUGCAUCGCCAAACUUUGGGGGACUCCUACGAAUAUCCGGUGCUGGUUCGUUAAUCGGUAGCCAGCAUUUCUUGGAGGGUAAUGUAAGAGCGCCCUUCCUUUCCGAUUACAAGAAGGGGUACGUGGGCCAUGACAUCGAGAAAACUAGAGCACAUUCCAUAUUCUCGAAUAAAUCUUCGUUCCUAAAGCCGCAGCCCACAGGAGAAUAUCCUAUUACCUACGGGUGUAGCGUUGUUCAAACCGUAUUUAAUUGUAUUAAUGUUAUGGCUGGUGUCGGGCUGCUUUCGACACCGUACACGGUUAAACAAGGUGGAUGGGCUAGUCUGCUUAUUCUUGUUCUGUUUGCAUCUGUGUGCUGUUACACGGCAACUCUUAUGAGACGUUGCUUCGAAAGCAGAGAAGGUAUUUUGACGUUUCCCGAUAUGGGAGAAGCAGCUUUCGGUAAAUGGGGACGUAUUUUCAUUUCAAUAAUAUUGUACGCAGAAUUAUACACAUCUUGUGUGGAGUUCAUCAUCUUGGAAGGAGACAAUCUUACCACAAUAUUUCCCGGAACAUCGUUAAAUAUAUUUGGCUACGAACUAGAUUCCAUGCAUUUAUUCGCAAUUAUCGCUGUUCUCGUCAUUUUACCAACUGUCUUGCUGAAAGAUCUUCGCUUGAUUUCUUAUCUUUCAGCUAGUGGAGUACUUGCAACAGUUAUUGUAGUUAUAUGUUUACUUUUUAUCGGCACCACAGAAGUUGGAUAUCAUCAAAGUGGCAAACUCGUAAAUUGGAGAGGUAUUCCUUUUUCCAUCGGUGUCUAUGGGUACUGCUACUCGGGACACUCGGUUUUUCCCAAUAUUUACCAAUCAAUGGCUGAUAAAACCAAAUUCACUAAAGCACUACUUAUAUGUUUCCUCAUUUGUGUGGCGCUCUAUGGUAGUGCUGCGACUAUGGGAUUUCUUAUGUUCGGUGAAAGCACACAAUCGCAAAUUACUUUGAAUUUACCUCCGCAUACAAUCGGUUCCAAAAUUGCACUAUGGACAACAGUUAUCAACCCACUUAGCAAGUAUGCGCUGUUAAUGAAUCCACUAGCCAGAAGCAUGGAGGAGCUGCUGCCGACUAACUUGUCUAAUAAUUAUUGGUGCUUUCUUUUUAUUCGGACUGCUCUUGUAAUAUCUUCCCUCGUUGUCGCUUUUCUUCUUCCGUUUUUCGGAACUGUGAUGUCUCUGAUUGGUUCUCUCUUCAGUAUUCUUAUGGCUAUAAUACUACCGACUGCGUGUUUUUUGAGAAUUUUGUGGAAGCACACCUCGUCGGUGCAGAUUGUGGUGUGCAUUGGGAUUAUUGCAUUGGGCAGUGUCAGCUUAGUUUUGGGAACUUGCAGUUCAUUGUUAGAACUUGCAAAGAAAUACUGAUGAUAUGUUGUACUAAUACUCUCAUUUUUGGAUAAUUAAUUGAAUUAAAUAGCUGCAUUUGAAUUAUAUUCUUGAAUAUUUUGGAGAGGGAUGCUAGAUUACCUGUUUAUUAUAUUUUGAUUUCAUUUUGUAUUUAUUAAAUCUGUAAUUUAUU